UGCCUCCUGUGCUCCAUUAUAUGUAUGGGAGAGAGAGAGGGUGUGUGGUUGUUAGAGAAGUAUGAAGAUGGAGGAGGGAAAAGAGGCCCCAAAGAUUCUUCAUAGAGGAUGGAAGGCCAUGCCAUACAUCAUUGGCAAUGAAACGUUUGAGAAGCUGGGGACCGUAGGACUGACUUCAAAUCUCGUAGUAUACCUCACAACCGUCUUCAACAUGAAGCACGUCUCGGCCAUCCUACUCCUUAACGUGUGGUCCGGAACCACUAAUUUCUCACCUUUGUUGGGAGCCUUCCUAAGUGAUGCUUGCUAUGGUCGCUACAAAACCCAUGGCUUUGCUUGUAUAGCUUCUUUUACGGGCAUGUUUGCGAUGACUCUCACAGCAGCUGUGCCGACACUGCACCCGCACCACUGCGCACAGUUGGGCUCAGAGAUGUGCACAGGGCCGACGACUUCACAACUAGCCUUCCUCCUCUUCGGGUUUAGUUUACUCGUGGUAGGAGCCGGCGGCAUCAGGCCUUGCAACCUGGCCUUCGGUGCCGACCAAUUCAACCCUGAAACUGAAUCUGGAAGGCGGGGGAUCAAUAGUUUUUUCAACUGGUACUACUUCACCUUCACCUUUGCCAUGAUGAUCUCCUUAACCGUCGUGGUCUACAUCCAGGACAAAGUGAGCUGGGCUCUAGGGCUCGGCAUCCCAACCCUAAUGAUGCUCUUCUCCUGUGCUUUCUUCUUCAUUGGAUCAUCGAUCUAUGUUAAGAUAGCCCCAGAAGGCAGUGCUUUCACUGGAAUCGCUCAAGUUAUCGUUGCAGCAUUUAGAAAAAGAAACCUCACCCUGCCAGAUGAAUUGAAACCGAUGCUAUUCGAUCCCCCCGGCACUAAUGUACUUAAUGUGAAGCUGCAGUUAACGAAUCAGUUCAGUUUUCUGACCAAGGCAGCAAUUCAGACCUCUUCAGACUCGGCAGUUGAUCGAUGGAGGCUGUGUAACGUGCAACAAGUAGAAGAGGUGAAGUGUUUGCUAAGAGUUGUGCCAAUUUGGGCUUCUGGGAUCAUAUACAACGUCGCUGUAGUACAGCAGACAACCUACGCGAUCCUUCAAGCUAUGAAAAUGAACCGACAUUUGGGUCGCUUUGAGAUCCCUCCAGGUUCAUUCAAUGUGUUCUCCAUGCUCAUGCUAACCCUGUGGCUUCCUGUAUAUGACCGCCUAGUCAUGCCAUGGGCGCGUAGGGCAACAGGCAAAGAGGAGGGCAUAACACUGCUCCAAAGGAUGGGAACAGGCAUGGUGAUCGCUAUUCUUGCCAUGGUCGUUGCAGGACUUGUGGAAAGCAAGAGAAGGGUCUUGGCAAUUACAGACCAACAAGCGAUGUCUGCGUUCUGGCUAGUCCCUCAAUUUUGCUUAACAGGGCUAUCAGAGGCCUUGGGCGUGAUAGGGCAAAUCGAGCUCUACUACAAGCAGUUUCCUGAGAACAUGAGAAGUGUGGCGGGCUCACUCUUCUUCUUAGGCAUGGCCGGCGCGAACUAUCUGAGUGCGCUCAUGGUGGCUGUGGUGCACAGCGCCAGUGGGGGUGGCCAUGGGGCCAAUUGGUUACCUGACGAUCUUGAUCAUGGGAGGCUAGAUUAUUUUUAUUACACUAUUGGGGUUAUGGUGUUGGUUAAUUUGGUUUAUUUCUUAGCUUGUGCAAGAUGGUAUGUGUAUAAGGGGGAGGGGAACCACGAGGUGGCCACGGAUUUUACUGAAUUGAAAGAAACAUCUGUAUGAGACUUGGACCUUGAGUUCUAAUUCCUUUGGCAUUCAUGUCAUAGAAUAGUUCCAAUGUUCCAUAGUUCCUGUA